AUGUGGGCUUCUGUCAGGGCAACCCAACUUUGCUCUUGGCAGGAGUCUUGGGCGCAUCCGACACAGUUUGGCUAUCGUCGUGGCAAGCGUAGUGUUGACCCUGCUUGGUGUUCUGCUGCUGCUGCUGAGCAUGCCUGGCUAUCACAGGCCCAUCGCGUUGGGUUUUCCUUGGACCUGGCAAAAGCAUAUGAUCGCAUUCCGCAUGAGAUCCUCUACAAGUGUUUGAUUGCUUCUGGUCUUCCGGUCAACUUUUGCAAUACUUGGCUUUCGGCAAUUCGUGGUGCUCGCAAAUACUUGAAGUCGGCUUACGGCUUGGGUCGGUCUUUCCAUGUCACCCGUGGUCUUCCCCAAGGUGAUGCGUUAGCGUGUUUUGGCAUGAACCUCAUCAUGUCCAUCUGGUCCCGUGCUGUGGAAUCUGAAUCUGAUGUCUUUGUCCGUAGCUUUGCUGAUGAUGCAACAGUCGAAGUUGAGCGACCUGACCCGUCCAUUGCAGUCGCCCAGCUGCAGAAGGCUAUCUCGGUUACUGAAGAGUUCACAACCCUGAGUGGCCAAAAACCAAAUGUUGGCAAAUGUCAUGUGUGGUCCACCUCUCGCAAGGGUCGCAAAGCGCUUCGUGGUUUGAAGAUGCUUGGUAAACCUUUAGUGCAAAAGUGGCAUGCAAAAGACCUUGGCUGCCAAACCCUGUUCUGUGGUCCUGCUCGUUCAACUUUCUUGCAAGCCCGUUUUGCAAAAGCCCGCAAGACGGCCAAGCGUGUGCAGUGUGCUCCGUUGAGGCUUGAAGAUAAAGUGCAGUUGGUUACUGGAGCUGCGUCCAGUCUGGCCAACUAUGGUCUUGAAACUUGUUUCAUUGGUGAAAGUGCACUUGCUCGUGUCCGCAGUGCUGUAGUCAUGGCCAUCUGGAAUCAUCGCAGACGGUUUCGUUCGUCGCAUGCAGUGCUGUUGCUCUUCACUCAGUCGCACUUGACCGACCCUUUCCAUGCCCAGGUGUAUCAAUGUCUUACAACCUUGAAACGCUGCCUGUCUCAAAAUCCAGCAGCGCGUGCUAUUUGGGAACCUUGGUGGUUGAAAGCUUCUGGUCGUGACCCUCGUCGUCCUCGUGGCCCCGUCACCUUGUUGUGCAAUGUGGUUCGUCGUAUCAAGUGGUCCUGGGUAUCUGCUUGGACUCUUCGAACUCAUCAGUACAUUGACCUUGACCUUCUAAAUACAGACUCUGACUUGUUUGCGCAUCAUGUUCGUGAAGCUUGUCGUGUGCAUGGUUGGCAGCAGGCACUUGGUCUUCACAAGCACUUUGAAGGAGCCCAAUGUGGUGUUGAUCGCUCGGCCUCUGUUCACUUGUCUGAGCAGAGCUUUCUGUCGACUCAUGAUUGUCGUCUCCUUCGCUCAAUCUUGACGGACGCUGUGUGGACUGCUUCGCGCUUGUAUCAUGCUGGUCGACUCCAGACCUCGGCGUGUCCUUGUGGUCAUGACCACCAAGACACGGAGCAUUUCUUUUGGUUGUGCCCUCACUUACAGGACAUACAAAGCAGGCAUGGUCGCCUUGUUUCUUUGCGUGCCGACACUGGCCCCUGGCCGUCUUGUUUGGAGCUGUGUGGUCUUGUGCCCUUGAAUUUCGAGAUCCCAGGUUACAAUCACAUUCAACUGGCUCAUUUAGUGCAAGCUUACCUGCUUGAUGUGGUGCGUCGCUCAUGGGAUUUGGGUUGGCCGAAUUCAGAUGACAAACCGCAAGAGGAGAGUCAAUCCUCUGCUUUGCCUGUGGAACCCUUGCUUUUGAAGCUUCCGUUGGAACCACCCAAACUGUCAUCUACCACUUUUCCUUGGCCUGAACAGUUCUGUGUGGAUUUGCUUAGCUUCCUGAAGACCUUGACAUGGCCCAAGCAGCCGACCCCUAACGGCAUUUCGUGGGCAGAGUUGGUGGUGAAUUUUGAGAUUGUUACUGGCAAGGCACUUCCUCGCAACCCUGGUCGAAGUCGUGCUAGACACUUGCGUACAUAUGGUGAGGCAGCUGUGCCCCUGCUUGAGGCUCCUGACAAUCUUUACAAGAAAGUUUUGACCCUGUCCAGUGCUUGUCGUUCCUUUGCGCGCCUGAUCGGUGCACCUGUGGUUGUGGGCCGAGAGACUCGAAAUGUUUGUAUUCCUGGUUUGCCGGGAAAGCACAGAUACCGUGGCUUGGAUCGUCGCCCAGUGAUGACCAUGGAUGCAGAGACUUCUGAAGCCAUUCGUGCGUGUUUGCAUGACAGGAUCGCGGUUGAGAUCAAUGUUUCCUCGGCAGAUAUCACUGCUGGUCAGACUGGUGCUGCAAAUCCGGUUGAGUUGGCAUACAAAAAAGUGCAUCCGCUCAAGUGGAACACACCUGUUGCUUCUGAUGUAGCCACAUCCGAGGCUGCUGGGGAACCUGUUCCACCUAAGAACAAGUGUGAGGAUCCGAAACCUGUAAAAGACACAAAGACUUCAGACAAUGACACCCAUGAUGCUACUAAGGCAAGUUUUGUGCAUGACAUUCCUGCCAAGCCCGAUUCCAAGGGAAACUAUGUGUGUAAGCGGUGCAAACGAAGUUCAGUGAAAAGUAGCGUUGCUCGGUUUGCCAAGACUCUUUGCUAUGGCUCACAUGCUACCAAUCGAAGUGAUGCGAUUCGUGCCAGUCGCUGUGCUGCUGGUUUGUCCUCCAAAGGACUACCUGACCAUGUUGCACCGCGAUUGCAGGCUUUGCGAAAGUCCAAAGUCAACAUGGAGCCUGAGUAA